UGUGAUAUAUUAUUAUUAUUAUGACAGGAGGUGUUCUGGCAUAUUGUGAUAUAUUAUUAUUAUUAUGACAGAAGGUGUUCUGGCAUAUUGUGAUAUAUUAUGACAGAAGGUUGGCAGUUUCUCUUCUUUAGGUUGUUAGUCAGAUCAGUUCUGAAACCUUCGGUUUCAUUUCCAGGCUGAUGUGUGAGAUGACGGGAAACGCAUACUGUUUCCAUCAAUCACGUGUGUGUGUGUGUGUGUGUGUGUGUGUGUGUGUUCCCCCUGCCCUGGGUUACUCAUCCCUCUCUCCCUGAGGAGAAUGGCCCUUUCUUUUCUCUAAUUCUACAAACUCUUCAUCAAAAAACUCCAUCUAGAAGCUAAAUCUAGACUCUAAUAUCUGUAUAUCUAGAUUCUAGGCUGUCUAUAUCUAGACUGUCUACCCUAUUUGUAAAUGGACACCCUGGUCCAUCUCCAGAACAGCCCGUUCCUCAUUGGUUUGUGUCGAAACGGAGCCCCAGUUGACCUGCAGUAUGACAACUCCUCAGAACUGUUCCGUAUCUCGACCUUUGCCCUCUUCCCGGCUGCAGCGGUAACAGAGCGCACCCUGGCCAGGGCAGGAUGGGUCUAUACUGGCGUUGGAGACAGGGUGCAGUGUUUCAGGUGUAAGGUGACGGCGGAGGGCUGGCAGACAGGUGACUGUCCUACUGAGAGACACAGACAGCUGUCCCCUUCUUGCGGCUUCAUCCAGAGUCUACCCUCUACUGCCAACCUCCUCUCGUCUUCUCACAGCGCCUUCUCUCCGCUAUGCAGCGCACACGUCAUACCGGUGUCAGGACCUGGCCCAGCCCCCCUCCCCGUCUCCACCCCUUCACCGGUGUCCGGUGAAGAGCCCGGUGUCGCGCCCCCCUCCAGCCCACUGAGCUCCCGAGAAGUAGAGGACAUGUCCCACCAGAGACCCCCUUCCUGUCACAACCCCAGUAUGAGGAGAGAGCAGGACCGUCUGGACUCCUUCCACUCCUGGACCCUGUCCAUCAUCACCCCCUCUGAGCUGGCUACGGCUGGCUUCUAUUACCUGGGGCAGGGAGACCGCGUGGCCUGCUUCACCUGUGGAGGACAGCUCAGUACCUGGGAGCCAGGGGACCGGGCCGUGUCGGAGCACCAGAGACAUUACCCCAAUUGUCGCUUCGUCAGAGGAGACCGGGCCGACAACGUGUCCAUGGCGGGCGGGGCGGGAGGUGUAGGAGUGCCCCCCGGGGCAGUAGCCCCUGUCUCUAGCCCCCCAGGCCUCAGUAACGUGUCUAACCCAGCCAUGCAGCAGCGUGAGGAGAGGUUGCUGACCUUUGUCCACUGGCCCUUACGUAUCCCUGUUCGCCCCGACCAGCUGGCCAAGGCAGGGUUCUACUACGUCGGGCGUAAUGAUGACGUGAAGUGUUUCUGCUGUGACGGGGGUCUGAGGUGCUGGGAGUCAGGUGACGACCCCUGGGUGGAGCACGCCAAAUGGUUCCCUAGGUGUGUGUACCUGCUCCAGGAGAAAGGUCAGGAGUUUGUCCAUCAGAUCCAGGCUCGUUUCCCUCGGCUCUUUGAACAGCUCCUGACCAAUGGGGACAGCAUCUCCAGGGAGUUUGUGGACCCACCAAUGGUCAACCUGGGUCCAGGUGAGGAGCGGUCGGAAGAUGCAGUGAUGAUGAACACUGCGGUGGUUGUGUCGGCUCUAGAGAUGGGAUUUGAGCGUGGCCUGGUCAAGCAGACGGUCCAGAGUAAGAUCCUGACCAGCGGAGAGAACUACAAGACGGUCCAGGAACUGGUCUCAGACCUGCUGAGUGCAGAAGAUCAGAAGAGAGAGGAGGAGAGAGAGAUGCUGGCCGAGGAGAUGGCUUCUGAUGGUAAUUCGUUCUUGAAGAGACACCAGGCAGCGUUGGUUCAGCGUCUGAAGAGCGUUGAGUCUGUCCUGGAGCACCUCAGAGAGCAGAACGUCAUCAGUGGAGAGGAAUACAGUGGUCUCCAGGGCCAGUCCUCCCAGCAGCAGACAGCCAGACUGAUAGACUUGGUGCUGACUAAAGGAAACGCAGCAGCUGAGGUCUUCAGGAACUGGAUCCAGAAGAACGAUGUCUACCUGCUCAGAGACCUCAUGGGUAAACCUGACUUCUGA